GGUUGGUUGAUGGAGAUGAGAAGCCAACAAUGGGUUUCAUAUAUGAAGCUAUAGAUAGAGCAAAGUUGGCAAUUCAAAGAGAUUGUCGCUACUACACCGAGUAUUGGAAAAUUAUUGAUACUCGAUGGUCUUUUCAAUUGCAUCAAGAUUUGCAUGCGACUGGAUAUUUUUUAAAUCCUCAAUUUCAAUAUGGUGUUAUCUCAUCCAAUGAAAUGAUAAGAGAAGUGAUGGAUGGACUUAAAAAAGUAAUUACCAGACUGGAGCCUAAUAUGGAUGCUCAAGUGAAAGCAACAAAUCAAUUGUUGCUGUUUCGAGAUAAACAGGAAACUUUUGGUACUCCUUUAGCACAAAGAGCAUGGAAACAAUCAAAUCCAGCUGAGUGGUGGAUUAUUCAUGGCAGUUGUGCUCCUGAACUUCAAAAAAUAGCUGUGAAAGUAUUAAGUCAAACCACCAAAUCAUCUCACUGUGAACGUAAUUGGAGUACUUUUAGUCUCAUCCAUACGAAGACGAUGAAUAGAUUGAAAUAUAAGAAAAUUUAA